AUGGCGGUGUCCCAUGACACAUUCACACAUUGUGCCGCCGCAAUCGAUGCGAUAUUUUUUAUAAGUGUGGCAUCUGAGCAUCAUAUAGCCCUCAGCGAGUGCCACAUAUCUUUCUGGACACUCUACGAUUCAACGGACACAUGCAGGGAGGGCUGCUCAGCUGUAGGAGGUGCGCGCAUUGGACUAAAUACCUUCGAAACGAACAACAGGCGAGACACCCUGACGUAUGUCCUGACACUCAGUUGCCCCCAUGCAAGCGUUACCGUGGACUCUUGUGCUGUGAUUGGAGACCAGUUGUUCCUGCCACAUGACUCAUUAAUCGUCUUGAAGCCGUCUGACACGCCGGUCAAUCUUGGCAGGUUCACGUUGCGACACCAAGAAACGUCUACAUCAACUGAGCAUGCGUCGGUGCAAAGGCUUCACAAGCUUGCUUGCCCCAUUAUACACGGUGUACCCGCUACAAAUAACUGGAUUUGUGCUGGAUACAUCGGGUGGAUUGUCCUUAUAGCACUGGCGUGGACGCUGAAGACGACCUAUUGUGAUGCUGCACUCAAACUGGCACGAGGCAUCUAG